GUAAAACAUGGCGCCCUCGACGAAGAUGAAGGUGAAGCUCGUGUCUAUGGACGGCGAGGCGUUCGAGGUGGACACGUCUGUGGCCGUGAUGAGCGAGCUGGUGAAGACGCUGGUGGCGGACGACCAGGAGGAGGGCGGAGAAGUGCAGGAGAUCCCUCUUCCUAACGUUAAGAGCCACGUACUGGCAAAGGUUGUCGAGUUCUGCCGACACCACAAGGACGCGCCUAUGGCCGAGAUCCAGAAACCUCUCAAAAGUAAUGUCCUCAGUGAGUCCAUCGACGCAUGGGACGCUAAGUUCGUGGACUUAGAGGACCAGGAGCUGCUGUUCGAGCUCAUCCUGGCCGCCAAUUACAUGGACAUCAAGAGUUUGUUGGACUUGUCGUGCGCCAAAGUUGCCUGCAUGAUUAAGGGUAAGACGCCCGAAGAGAUCCGAGCCACCUUCGGUAUCACUGAAGAGUUCACCGAGGAGGAACAACAGAGAAUCCUCGAGGAGAACGUGGAUCGAGGACGUGUAACGAGUCAUAUAGGCACAAAUCAGGCGGGGAGGGUAUUAUGAACGGAAAAUCAGCGUAAAAGCAAGCCUAGAAGGCAGCAAUUUCAAGCUCUGCUCUGGUG